AUGCAUGCGUUGUCAUUCUUCAUCCUCGCGACUUUCUAUGGGGUUGCGCGUGCCAUCCUUGCCAACCUUGGCGCGACCGUGACUGUCAAUGGGGUCUAUUACUUCGUCCACCCUGAGCCGGUGGCAGUUCUCCCGUUGUCUUCCAGUCACAACCAUGGCCAUGUCAACCUUAUCCCGGUCACGAUAUCGGAGGCAAAAGAUAAUCAAUUCGAUGAGCCUACUCUCAACAACAUCGUGAAGACAUGGCUAGCUAAGGACGAUGUUUUCAACGAGGGUUUCUUGGAAGCAAUCUUCGUGAAGAAAGACUUGACAGAUGUUCCCGAUCUAUUGAAGUACCAAUAUCAGGGCAACACGUCAUCACUGUGGGAAGAAAUCGAUCCCUCCUUCGACGUUCCCAGCGGUCCUUACAUCUUGAAUCCUUCAACUGGAUCUCUACAUACGCCAUACCGCCUAUAUCUCGAUGCUCAAGGUGCCUUCACCCAGGGCGUUAUACCCCUCUCGAGCGGAUCUUUCGCUCCACUCCCCGCUGCCCUACCUGGCUCCUCAUCUAUAACGAUCGGUGUUCCCUCAAGGAUUUACUACACUGCAAGUGAGAAAUACCCGCUUGCCGGUGUGCGUAUCGGCGUGAAGGAUAUUUAUGACGUCCAAGGCCUCAAGACUGGAGCUGGAAGCCGCGCCUACUAUGACCUCUACCCCGAACCCAAAGGCACUGCACCCGCAGUGCAACAUCUACUUGAUGCCGGGGCCAUCCUGGUCGGCAAAAUGAAGACAACUCAAUUCGCUGCACCCGAAAAUGCCAGAGACGCCAUCGACUAUCAAGCUCCGUUCAACCCCAGAGGCGACGGGUACCAAGAAGUUGGAUCCUCCUCGUCUGGAGCGGGGGCAGGUAUGGCCUCCUACCAUUGGUUGGACCUAGCUUUGGGGUCUGAUACGGGAGGGUCCAUUCGGAUACCAGCCGAGGACAACGGAAUUUUCGGAAACCGCCCGACGCACGGUUUAGUAGACUUGUCGCGUGCUAUACCGCUGGGUCCUGAGUUUGAUACAGCUGGGUUUUUGGCUCGCGAUACAGAGAUUUGGGCGACUGCUUGCAGGGUUAUGUACUCGAAUCUCACGACAAAUCAUACACGAUAUCCGAAACGGGUUCUUACGUAUGGUCUCCCGUUGCUAAAGGACGCCGAUCUUUCAGCAUCGGACCGCGUUAUCGCUCAGUUUGUCCAUAGGCUAGUCGAGUUUCUCUCAGCCGACCUUUCAACGUUUAAUCACACGGAAGAGUGGACUCGCAGUCAUCCUGCUGGUACACCCAGCGACUUGCAGGAGUUUGUCGGUUCAACAUGGGCAGUGAUUUCAGCCAAACAACAGACUCGUCUUGUUCGGGAUCCAUUCUUCAAGGACUAUGCAGCUGCGCACGAUGGACGUGUACCGUUUGUUAAUCCUUCUACUAAUGGUAGUUGGAGCUGGUCCGACACUCUGCCUCCGCUUCUUGACGAAGCAAUCGCAAACAAGACCAUUUUCAAGACUUGGUGGGAUGAGGUCAUGCUCCCUGAGAACUCUGAAACAUGUUCCGAAAGUCUUAUGCUUUAUAUGUUUAAAGAUGCUACGCCGGAAUACAGGAGCGAUUAUGGUAGCGCGAUGGGUUCUGGCGAUUUGACUGGUGUGCUGCUUGGCUUGAACACAGGCUUCAUCUCGCCAAUGGUUGGGAAUCCCGACUUUUCAAUUCCGAUUGGUCAAGUUGAGUAUGAUAGCAAGAUCACCAGACAUGCAGAACACUUACCAGUCUCGAUUAGAGUCAUGGCAGCUGAGGGUUGUGAUGGUAUGCUACUAGAUCUUGUUAAUGAUCUCGUUAAGGCUGGUAUUUUGCCGCAAUUGCAGCCCGCUAUAUAA